AUGACGGACAAGAACACAUCUACCCCCCAGUCCUACGUGGACCAAGUGAAGGGCACAGGUCAAUCGCUCCUCGGAAAAUUAACCGGCAACCCCGGGGAUCAGACCAAAGCAGAUCAAUACAAAGGCGAAUCCGAUGCCCGCCACGACCUCUCCCACACCGCCGCCAAAGCCGGCCCCUACACCGUCUCCUCCACCGGCGCUACCAAAGAUGACCACGACCGCACCGCCGGCUCCUGGAACCAGACCGUGGGCGCCAGCAAGCAGGCGGUCGGCGGCCUGGUCGGUGCCGAGGGCUUGAAGAACGAGGGUAUCCGCCAGAACAAGGAGGGCCAGGGCCAGGAGGCCGAGGGGCAGAUGCGCGAUCUGGGGCAGGGCAUCGGGGACCGCGUGGGCGGUACGGUGGGCGGCGCAGUAGCAGGGCUAACAGGGAAUCGGGAAUCACAGGCGGAGGCGAACAGGCGGCAUGAUGAGGGGAAGACCCGGCAACGGGGAGUCGAGGUGGAUUUGCAGAAGGAGGAGGUGUCGAGAUAG